AUGACCAGUAGACUCCCAAAGCUCAUCGCGUUCGACUUAGACUACACUCUCUGGGAUUUAUGGAUAGACACCCAUAUCGAUCCUCCUAUUCGCCGUCCGGGUGAUGCGGUAAACGAGCUCCGAGACAGGUACAACCACAGGAUAGCGUUCUAUCGGGACGUGGGCGGAAUCCUGCAUCGGCUGCGCGAGGGCGGGGUCACGAUAGCGGCGGCGUCCAGGACGCAUGCUCCCGAUCUUGCUAGGCAGGCGUUGGGCCUGCUGCUCGUUCCGCCGCCGCCGGGACACAAGGGAGAGGCGCCGACUCCCGCGAUCCAGUUCUUCGACCAGCUCGAGAUCUAUCCUGGCUCCAAGAUCAUGCACUUCAAGGAGCUGCAUAAGAAGACCGGGCUUCCAUACUCGGAAAUGCUGUUCUUCGAUGACGAGCACAGGAACAAGGAGGUCGAGUCUCUGGGAGUCACAUUCUGUCUCGUUCCGAGCGGCGUGAACGACCGCUCGUUCGAGCAGGGGCUGGCUGAGUGGCGGCGGCGGCAUCCGGUCGAGGUCACAGAAGAUGCACCUGGAGGUGAUGCCGCAGGCCUCGAGUAGACUCUUGCUGUGGUGGGGCAUACUCGUCUUGCGGGUGUACUCACUGCAGCGAAGUCCAUAUGACAUGUUCGAGACGCAACUGUGUGGCACCAC